AUGGUUACGAUAGAAAACGCACAUUCCGAUAUCAUUCACGAUACAUCUUUUGACUACUAUGCCACACGCUUGGCUUCGUGUUCCUCCGAUAAAACAAUUAAAAUAUUUGCUGUGAACGGUGAACAAUAUGCAUUAUUAGAUACUUUGGUUGGACAUGAAGGUCCAGUUUGGAGAGUCAGCUGGGCUCACCCAAAAUUUGGAAACUUAUUGGCUUCUGCCUCUUACGAUGGUAAGAUUAUCAUCUGGAAAGAAGCAAACAAGAAAUGGUCCAAACUAGCUUCAUUGUCUGUUCAUUCUGCUUCUGUCAACGUUGUAGAAUGGGCCCCAAGUGAAUUUGGUGCUAUAUUAUUAGCCGGCUCUUCUGAUGGUAAUAUCUCUGUUGUUGAACUAAAGGAUGAAAAAUUAGGCAAACCAAUGAUAAUGAAGGCUCAUAAAGUUGGUGUUUCGACCGUCUCUUGGGCCCCUUUUGUCGCUAGCGAAAGUUCUGAGGAAGACCACACACACUCAUUGAGAUUCGUUAGUGGUGGUCUAGAUAAUGCUGUUAAGAUUUGGAAAUACGACACUGAAAAAGAAACCUAUGUUAUAGAAACUGAACUAGAAGGACAUACUAACUGUGUCAAUGACGUUGCUUGGUCCCCAACUGUUUUGGUAAAUACCUAUAUUGCAACAGCAUCAAAUGAUAAUACCUCUAUAGUUUGGACUCAAGAAGGUUCGAAAGGUGAAUGGAAGAAACAACUUCUCACUGAACCAUUUGAGGCUGCACCAUCAAGAGUUAACUGGUCUCUAUCAGGUAACAUUCUAGCUGUUUCUACCAAUGAUGAUAAAGUCACUUUGUGGAAGGAAAACUUAGACGGUAAAUGGGAAACAGCUGGUGACCUAGAAUAG